AGCUGCCAGUCGCCUGCUCCUGUCCAAAUGGCGAAAGACAGAAAAGGAAGGGAAAAACUAUUGUCUGUGCGAUCAUAAACAACAAAUCGACAACAAAGUUCGACGCCUCGUUCGCGAAAAGAAUCGUGAAAAACGGUAUUUGCAGCGUGAUUUAGUAGCCAAAAAGUGGCGUAGAAUCUGCGGCGACACCCGUACCAUCGUGGGCGCACAGUAGACGUGCUGGGAGCGUGUGAUAUACGCGGAACAGGAGCACUUUUCGCCGACCCGUGUGCCCGACUCAUAUGUGAACUUGAUAAAAAUAGAGUGCAAUUCAUUGGACCACCCCACACACUGAUCGCAAGUGUUCGCGCAGAAUGAGCUUUUAUGAGUGGUAGCGAGUGGCGAGCCUCGGAAUUCAGCGUGUGCCUUAAAUGUGAACGUGCAGUGGAGAGAGAUUUUCGACUUCAGCCCCGCAACACGAAUGGUGGGUAACAGUUCGCUCAUCAGCAACGCCAUUAGCACCACUUCCAGUGCGCCCAAUGGUAAUAGUGGAAGCAGCAGUGACAACAACAGCAACAUCACCGGUUCCAGUAUCAUCGUUCGAAAAGCAGUAACCGUUGGGAGUAAGCGCCUACUCGAUGUAAAUGCGACGCCCGGCAACAAUGUGGUGAACGUUGCGAAGGGAGUUUAUCUAAAACACCAGCAGCAUCCUCAUAAUCAGCAGCAGCAACAGCAACCGAACACUUUCGGUGUGGUUAACGGCCAUCAUCAGGUCACUGUUCCAGGCGGAAUGAUCAAUCACAGUUCUUUGAUGUUUGCGACGACGACCACAACCACCAACCAUCAACAGCAGCUGUCGGUCAUAUCGACAAACACAUCGCCAGCAGGAGGCGGAAGCGGAAUAGUCGAAAAGAAGCUGGCGGCCCACAGCACACCCAAGAUCAGUGACAGUCAUCCUAGCCUAACAAGCACCACCGGCGCCAGCAGCUCCACCAUCAUCUCCACCGCCGCCACCGUCACUGCCAGCAACACUACGAACACUCCCACCGAUGCGGAUCCGACGGACGGUACCGAGCCCGCGCUGGAAACCAAAGAGCCAAACCCGGACAAUGAACCGCAGGAGGAGCAACCGGAAAUCGACAUCGUGAUCAACAACGUGGUCUGUUCGUUCAGCGUGCGCUGUCAUCUGAAUCUGCACGAUAUCGCCCGCCAGGGGAACAAUGUGGAGUUUCGGAGAGAGAACGGGAUGGUAACGAUGAAGCUACGCCGGCCGUAUACGACCGCUUCGAUAUGGUCGUCCGGAAAGAUUACUUGCACCGGUGCUACGUCCGAGCAUCAGGCAAAAAUAGCAGCACGACGCUACUCCCGUUGCCUUCAGAAGUUAGGAUUUAAUGUUAGAUUUAGGAACUUUCGUAUCGUGAACGUACUCGGCACCUGCAGCAUGCCGUUCGGCAUCAUGAUUGUCAACUUCUCGGAGAAGUACAAAAAGGAUGCCAGCUACGAGCCGGAACUCCAUCCGGGCGUUACCUACAAGCUGCAAACACCGAAAGCGACCCUGAAAAUAUUCUCAACGGGAAGCAUUACCGUCACCGCGGCAAGUGUGGCCUUUGUGCAAGCGGCAAUCGAACAAAUAUUUCCGCUCGUGUACGAAUUUCGUAAGAAGCGAACCCCGGUGGAGAAGCUGGCAAUGGUGAAACAGCCGCCACCGGACUUUGAUCCUCACGACGUCGACCAUCUGAUCGAGGAGGACCGUGAAGGUGCGCUGGCGGAAGCGGAAGGUCUCACGUACUGGAAUGGCACGUCCGACGAUCCGAUGGCUGCAAUGCCCGUAGAGGAUGCAGAUGAGGAGGAAGAGGUGCAGCAGCCGGACGACGAUGAUAUGGAGACGUUCGGUGACGAUGAAGACGUCAGUACUCGUAACAACACCAAAGCAAUACACAAAAUCAAUAGUAUUAGGCAAAACGGUAAGAAGCGCCGACUGCGCCAGCUGCGCCCUAUCGGCCGGGCUGUGAACGACGGUGACAGCAUGUCCGACGACGAUCUGUGCGUCAGUGAUUACGAAUAGGUGCGCCAGCAAUCUAGCGCCCGUUGGUAUCCUUUUGUAGGCUCGUUUGCUGUGUUCGUGGUCAGCCGGUUGAGGGAAAAAUAGACUCAAAAACGAAGGAUCAACAUGAGCCCGUUACUACUAACACCCCCACCCCCACCCACUUGUCCUGGGAGGGAUCCCUGUCCUCCAGGAGGACAUCUGAUCAAACAAGAAACAGAACGCAGCAGCAAAGGAGCAAAAGGAAGAGCAGCAAGAUCAACAGAACAAGGAAAACAAACAAUAAUCCUAAGUAGGCCGUGCAAUUGUGAAAGGCGCACCAAUUUCUCAUUCAUUACGAUUGGCCAGUUCGACUGGCUGCUAACUAUUUUACCAUGGCAUAUGACAAAACCCUGCAAGAUGGGACGAAAUGAAGAUUCCUUUAAUUUCAUUUGUUGCGUUGUGAAACGAUCGACCAAAGUGCGGACUGAUCCCGGUGCUCACGGAAUUUGGCACGCUGACUAAACGAGUAGAAUGAUACGUUGGCCAGAAAACGAGCAGGCAUUGAUCGACCGGUAACAAUUUUAGAGACGCCAAUAUUGGACGAGAACAUUUUCGUCCCACAAGAAAGGUGUGCAAUCACCACACAUUCAAGCAUACAUACAUACACACCCAUUCUUGACUCGAAUUAUGACAAUGUGAUGAAAAUAAACAUGCAAACAAUCCGCCAACGUUCGUUCACCAAGCACACGCACGGCACGCAGAGUGGCUCAUCACAGAAACCUGGGAAAUGAAUGCGAAAUGCUCGGCAUCUGGACCACA